GACGUGUCGUGAUUUCCCGGUUUGCUUGCGUGAAAAGAGGCGCAAUGCCCUUCUUGCCUUUGAAUCGAUCUGCCGAGCAAAUUAUGCGAAUAAAUACCCAAAAUUGCUUGUCCUUCUGACGCUUCAUUGCCUUUUUCGUUCCUUGUUCCAAUGCCAGGCAGGAAGCCGGUAAUUCGAAGCAGGCAAUAUUAAUUGUUAUCCUGUACCGGUCGUGUCUUCGAAGCUAUUCCUUGCAUGCACUUCUUGACACGCCGUUGCGUCCUGUGCUAGCCGUGCGCUGUUUGGGACAAGCCAUCUUCACGAAGCAUCGAAUUAUGGCUGUGUGACGUCCUUACCCGGCAGCAGCAGCAUCAGCGGUGUCUCGCUCGUUGCGUGUGGUGCCCACCUGGCCAGGAAGGAGAAGAGAGACAGGAGAUCAGUAGCCCACUGAGCCUGCCGUUCAGGAAACUAGACCGAAGACCAUUCAAUGCUGUGUCCGAGCGGACAAGCGUGCAGCAACGGAGAAGCCUCGGACGACAGCAAACAAACGCUGCAGCACUAUCAAAAGAAACCCUGUAACCCGUAGAAGUGCCGGGGUUCGUUGCAAGUAAGACUACUGCCUGCUUGGCCCGUGAGGAUCUAGCCUUUCGGAAAGUUUCCUCUGGCACCCAGGCCGGACUGUGUGCUCUGUGUUCGUGAAUUGGCGGAUCUCCGAUGCCGCUUGGCCUUAGCCCGCCGUGAUUAGUAGUAGCUAAGACGCAGCGUAGAGCAGUUGCGACAGGGGAAAGAUGGCGGACGCGAAAGCGAGAUGGUCUGGCAAUCGGCAAAGUGGCAAGGGCGACGCACUGGUGUGGGAGGCACGGCGCCGUUUUCGUGAGAGCAAACGACGGACGAGUGGGACGGCCAUCGCCACGGCUGACUCCGCAUGGAUGGGGGCGGUAGAGGAUGACUCGUCCGUGGUGUGCCUUCUUGAAGGUACCUUGGUCAAACAACCUAGAGGUCGCUCCAACAGUUACUUCAAGGGCGCCGCCAAGAGUCGUUAUUUCAAGCUCUUUCAGGAUCGCCUGCGCUACUAUGAACAAACAGGACGAGAAGGGUAGCAUUGAAUGAAGAAUGUAUCUGUCGUGGAGGUGCUGAAUGAUGACCUGUUUGGCAAGCAUAGUUUUCAGGUCAUCACAACCUGCGAGGACAAGAAGGGCGGGUCCUUGUAUCUUACAGCUCCUAGCGACAAGGAGAGGGACGCGUGGAUGUUGGAAAUCCGGCUAUUGUGUUAUGUCAAGGAUAACAUCAUGCAGUCGCACUAUCACCCAGAUCUACUGCACGGUAGUGACUGGCAUUGCUGCAAGAAUUCCGCCAAGAUUGUCGGCUGCCAGCUGUCAUACGACUAUCCGUCACUUUCCUAUAAAAAGGAUCUUGCAGAGACAAAGGUGGAACCACUGAAGACCAGUACGACAACAAGCCCUGUGUCGCCGCUACCGCCCGUCUCCUUUGAAAGUACUUUGCAGGCGGGGCCACGGGAAGAACGUGCAGUAAGCAUGUCAGAUCUUGAAGAGAAGCUGUCCGAGAGUAGCACCACACCAGCUCCUACAGACCGGCUACGGAGUGAAACCAUCGCCUCGCCAUCGUUUGAGAAGAAUCCCUUCCAGAAGUCACUCAUGCGCAGGCAGAACGAACAACAGACGGCUCGACCUCCCAAGCCAAAGCGAGAUAACCUGGACAAGAAAAAAGAGACGCCAUUUGACAGGCUGAUGAGCAACUCUAGCGUACAGGUAGCUGGAGACAAGUCACCAGUACUGGGUCGUGUUACAAAUGGUGAAACAUCAGAAGGUGCUGGCACAACAUCAGCCCCUCAGCCCGAAUCAGCAGCAGCUGCCCUGUUGAUAGAUCUUUCUGCAAGUGACAAAUCGGAGGAUGCAUUUUUCGCACCUAAGCCUGGUGCCGAGUCUGAUGGUGGCUUCUCGUGGAAAGCUGAGUUUCCAGAGCUUGCGGAGCAGACUGGGCAAGAGGUUGCCACUGUUGUUAGUACUGCUGAUGCAGAUGAGAUUGAUGGACCUUCACGUACUGGUGCAGCCGCCAACCUUCUCGAUAUAGAUCCUGUGGUGACAUUGACACCGGCAACACCAGAGGCAACACCAACAGCAGUGACAAUAUUGGGAGACAUGGCUGCCAAGGUGAACGACAACAGCAGCACCAGUAACGCUACAAAUCAAGUGGUUAUCACACAUGAGCUGGUUGAAGUGGCUGAAACCGUAACAACAGGUGGGGACAUGCCAGAUGAUGCAGCCAAGGAAAGCACGCCAGGAGCAGCUAAAGCCGAGGCCAGUCCGUUCGGAGACAGUGGUGAUUUUAGCUCAUUGAAGUUGCCCGAAGCACAAAACCUCAUGGUUAAAUCUCCAUCGCUCUCAUCGCUUGCCUCGGUCUCAUCUGAGAGCGACAUGAUAAAGAUUCCUGGUCCCCCAAAGUCUCUAGAAAAUCGCCAGUCCCGGAAUUUAUCGUCAACGAACUUGCCUAGCCCAACUAGUAUGACAUCUGACGGCAAUAUACUAUCACCUACGUACAGUAAUGGUGCUCUGUCCAAUGGCAGUGUGUCUCCAUUGCACUCGGCUGUGUCCGAUUCAUCUAUGUCAGUCAGUUCACCUGAUGCACUGAGCACACAUAGUGCCAUUGCAGAUUCGCAGACCGGCGCCAGGCCUGUUCCUCAACACCCACCAUCACUGUCAGUCAGUGAAUCAUCCAGUUCAAUAACAUCACCACAGAUUGCGUCACCGGACUGUGAGGAUGAAGGAACACAGUCAGCGCUGCUGAGUUCGGGUCAGUCAUCGCUCUCUGCAACUUCUGAACGGAAUCGCUCUGGCUCUUCCCUUACCAAGAUGAUGCCAGCCAUCUUCCGUCCUGGGGGCAAGAGACUGUCGACCAUCUCAGUAUCCAGUGUCGAUGGCACUGAAAAGUUUGACCUGGUUCAUCCCGACGACUGCAGCCCACAGUCUGAAGAGGCGUGUCGAGAGAAGAGCGAUAGCAUAGCCGAGCCUGUGAAUCCAUUCAAGGCACUUCACCAAGCAUGUCAGCAAGGUUUGGUGGAGGAAGUUGUGGAGCAGCUGGAGGCAGGAGUCAACCCAGACGAGCCACACUUGGAGAGCCGCCAGCCGCCAGUCUUCAUGGCAUAUUAUCAUGAUCACACUGAGGUAUUGGACGUGCUCCUGGGACACGGUGCACAGGUCAAUAUGACAAUGGGUGGUGCUUCAGGCGGUGCCACUCUGCUUCACGUUGCCGCACGAGCCAACAACCUGAUAGCCAUGAACAUCCUGAUAAAGUACAAAGCUCAGAUCAACUUGAGAGAUUGGCAAAUGAGGACACCGCUGCAUCUGGCGUGUGAAAGUGGACAGCUGGAUGCUGCAAAGCUGCUAAUUGAUAGUGGAGCUGACCUGAAAAUGAUUGAUCAAGAUGACUGCACGGCCCUUCACAUGUGCUGCUGUCGUGGACAUAGGCCGGUAGCUGAGCUCCUCCUGAAGCACCAGGCCCCGGCAUUCACGAAGAACAAGUCCGACUUGACGCCGUUGGACCUGGCCGUCAAGGAAGGCCAUCGCAGUGUAACUGCACUCCUGCAGAGGUUACUGCCGGACACUGAACAGGCCUACAUUCGCCGUCAGUCGUUCAGAGCGCAUCGGAAAGAUGUGAACACGGUACUGAAUCUGCCGGAGCAGCGGAUCCUGACCGGAGCAUCAGACAAUCAGGUGUGCAUAUGGGACUGCGCCAGUACUGAAGAGGUGGUGUUCAAGCGCAAGUUCACCAACACCAUACUGUCCAGUGCACACUUCCUGUCCGAUGAUAAGAGCCUGCUCGCCAUUGGCUCUGACAUGGUGCAGGUGGUGGAUUUGUACAGGGCUGGAUGGAGAGCGAUGCUUCUGGACGAGCCUAAACCAGCUUAUCAGGAUGAACAACUGUACCUGGUGGCAUUCUCGCCAACGGGGUUGCUUGCAACAGCUGGUGUUGUGUCCGGGACAGAGGUCCUGCUGUGGGACAUCUUCGCUGAACAGCCUGGUCUUGUGCGCAAGCCACAACUGACGAUAAAUGUUGGACAGGGACAGAGUGGGCCUGCAGUUAUUCACAACAUGCAGUUCUCAUGUAAUACUGAACGUCCUGUAUUGGCCGUCAGUAUGCAGCCAGGGAAAGACCGGCUGGCACCGAAGGGCAACAACAUUGUUUACUUGCUCGACUGGACACUGGGCUGUCCACUGAGACAACUUGAUACCGGCCAUGAAGAAGCCGCAUGUGAUCUUUCCAUGGCAUUCUCCACACAGGGAAGAUACCUAAUCACAGGUUCAAGCAGUGGAAAAGUCUCCGUGUGGACAACAGCCAGUGGACUGCUGAUAAACGAGAUACGUCUUCAGGAAGAUGUGCCAGUGCGGAGUGUGACCUUCUCCGGCAAUGGCCAUACCCUGGCCAUCGGCAGUGAAUCUGGCCGCGUGGAACUUUAUAAUAUUGUCACUGGCAAGCCGUUCUUUCUGCCCGAACAAUACGAGCAACAUCCCAUCAUGGCACUCGCGUUCUCCAAGUCUGGUGAUUCACUCACUGCCGGUUACACUGAUGGCACCGUACAAGUCUGGAAUGUGGUUGGUGGCAGCUCACAAGAGAGCAUGGAUGAGGUGGAGGCGUACUCGCCGUUUGAUCAUGCACAGGCAAUACAGGCCAGUGGCGAAAUGUCAAGUGCAAGUCGGGAGUUCCUGCACGCAGAGUUUGAGAGGUUUGACGCUGACAAGAGUGGCUCGCUGGAUGAAAAGCAGCUAACUGACUAUUUCCACAUCUACAUGAACACCAGAGUAACAAGUGAUAUGUAUAUGGACCUACAGCAGAACUUCCUCACUGACGCCGACCUUGGAGGUUUGACCAUUGAGGGCUUCACUAACAUGGCAUUCCAGCAUUUCUGUCUUGAUCCAGAAUCCAUGUGGCCCAUCUGGCUCAACCGAGGCUUUCCGUCAGAUCUCUAACCAUGGAUCCCCCUAGCCGUCGCCACCCUGAAGCACAUCAGCAGUCAUGAUACACAUCAGCGGAUGCAACUCUGCCGGACCAGGGUGCGUUUUACUGGCCGUGGUGGCAUCAGUGAUUCCGAGGGCUGCGACUGAGUUGCAGCACUAUCCAGAUCUUGGCCCCUGUGCCCUUACUGUAUUGCCUAGCUGCACUGCCGACGCAAUAGAGAACAGUCUGUACUGCUGGUGCUCAACUGUACAGCCACACCAGUCACUAUCAACAGGAACUAUAGAAGAUGCCACUAAAGUACACGACUCAUUUGGAAACUAUCGGAAUCAUCGGAUUACUCUAAUACUGUCACAUCUUAUUCUGUGUUCAGCAAGGAGAGAGAAUAACAAGCGAGUACUUGCAUGGUUUGAAUACCAGAUACGUCUCUCCUGUACUCUAACCAAAUUCCACUGUCGGCCAAGUUGCGUCACUUUUGACACAGGCGAAAUGGUGCACGCCCAAGGCCCGUUCCAGCAGCUCAUUUCUGUUCCCUACUUUGCCGGUCCAUCCUGCUGCACGCCUAGAAUGAAUAAUGCGUUUGCUUGGUCAAUGCGUGCUACACAGCUCUUUAGUCUUAUCGUGCAAACAUCCACAGCUAUGCUGAUUGAGCUAAUUUGACAACUAUUGCCGUGUACAUGCUUGAAGGAAGAUGCCGGCAGCUUGUCUCCAUCAGUUCUUGAAGGAAGAUGCCGGCAGUUUGUCUACAUUUCUUGAAGGAAGAUGCCGGCAGUUUGUCUACAUUUCUUGAAGGAAGAUGCCAGCAGUUUGUCUCCAUUCCUUGAAGGAAGAUGCCGGCAGUUUGUCUCCAUUUCUUGAAGGAAGAUGCCAGCAGUUUGUCUCCAUUUCUUGAAGGAAGAUGCCGGCAGUAUGACCGCAUCUCCUUUUAAGAAUAAAAUACAGAUACCACAGAAAUUUCUAUAGAUCCCAUCUUACGACAAAAUUAUUUUACAUUCCCAGUAUAUGCAUGCAGUGCAUUACAAUUUGCCUGCCUUGCUUCCUACAAUAGCCUGCCUUGCUUCCUACAAUAGCCUGCCUUGUCAAUCUGCAGAGAAAUUACAGUUUACGUUAAUUAGAAGAGCACGCAUGAAGCUUUAUUGAUUACAACCCCCCCCCCCCCACACACACACUUUUUUUUUUUUCUAGUGCUCUUUUAACAUAACAAUUAGUUACAAUUUACCUUAUGAUGCGGAGUAUACGAAGCAUAUGUACCGGAA